AUGCCAUGUCCAGCUUCAUCAAAAAGCAAAAUUGCCAAGACAUUUCAGAAAGUAAUUCACUUAAAAUCAGCGAAGAAAAAUCUCUCAAACCCUGGAUUUUGCCUCUUCAUUCCUCAAGAAAAACUCAAAUGCUGUGAAUCCCAACAGUUCGAGAAAGAAAAUCUCGAAGAAGAAGCAAAAGAAUCGAAGAACCGAGCCACGGUUGAAGCCUUCGUUGCCAAGCUUUUUGCCACCGUUUCUGCAGUUAAAGCAGCUUAUGCUGAGCUACAAAUGGCUCAGUUUCCGUACAACAAUGAGGCUGUACAAUCUGCAGAUCAAGCUGUGGUUGAUGAAUUAAAAGCACUUUCAGAGCUCAAGCACAGAUUCUUGAAGAAACAGAUCGAUUCUUCUCCGCCCCAUGUGACAUUAAUGCUAGCAGAAAUUCAAGAACAGCAGUCUCUAAUGAAGACUUAUGAGAUCACCAUGAAAAAAAUGCAGGGGGAGAUAGAAAGAAAAGAUUCCCAAAUUUCUUUACUACAAGAUCAGUUGCAGGGAAUCGUUCAGAACAAUAAGUCCCUCGAGAUAAAACUCAAUGCAAGUGGAUCUUUUUCCAUUCUUGACCAUAUCAAGUUCUCUGAUUCAAAUCCUAUAGUCUUUAUCAUGGUUUUUCACUAUGCAUUGAGAUCCAUACGCAAUUUCGUCAAGUUGUUGAUUAGGAAUAUGGUCUCUGCAAAUUGGGAUAUUGAUGCUGCAGCAAAUGCAAUACAGUCAGAAAUCACUUUCAGCAAGAGGGAUCAUAAAGGUUUCGCCUUUGAAUCAUUUGUUUGCAGAGAAAUUUUCAGUGGCUUCAAUGAACCAUUUUUUUCUAUACAAAAUGAUCGUCAGUCGUUGCCUAAUGACGCAGAUCAGCGUCAAAUUUUCUUCUUUGAACAGUUCAAGAAAGUGAGAUCAGUGAGUGUAAUUCAGUUUCUUGAGCAGAAUCCAAAUUCUUUGUUUGGGAAAUUCUUGAAAGCAAAGUACCUUCAUUUACUACAUCCCAAAAUGGAAUUUUCAUUUGCAGGGAAUUUGAAUCAAAGGAAAAUGGUUAAUUCCGGUGAGUUCCCAGAAACUGAAUUCUUCAAGGCCUUUGCAGAGAUGGGAAGGAGAGUUUGGCUUUUACAUUGUUUGGCAUUCUCACUUGAUCAAGAAGUGAGCAUAUUUCAAGUGAAAAGAAGUUCCAGAUUUUCCGAAGUGUACAUGGAAAGUAUAACGGACGACAUUUUCGUGGCAGCCGAGCGUGAUUUUUGGGUGGCAUUCACGGUGGUUCCGGGAUUCAAGGUUGGCCAGACGGUGGUGCAAAGCCAGGUAUACUUAUCUCCAAACAAAACUCCACCCAGAAGUUAG